AUGGACGACAUGGCGAGUCAUUACCAGGUGAUGGAGGAGCUGGGGAGCGGUAGCUUCGGAGUCGUUUACAAGGCCAUUGACAAGACCGACGGCGAGAUCGUUGCCAUUAAACAUAUCGAUCUCGAGUCCAGCGAGGACGAUAUUCAGGAGAUUCAACAAGAGAUUUCCGUUUUGGCUACCUGCGCUAGCCCCUACGUUACACAAUACAAGGCCAGUUUUCUAAAAGGGCACAAACUAUGGAUUGUUAUGGAAUACCUAGGAGGUGGCUCUUGUUUGGAUUUGUUAAAACCUGGAUGUUUUAACGAAGCCCAUGUGGCCAUCGUCUGCAGAGAGCUCCUCCUGGGCUUGGAUUACUUGCACAAUGAAGGCAAAAUCCACCGUGAUGUCAAGGCUGCCAAUGUUCUCCUUUCUCAGACUGGAAAGGUGAAACUGGCGGAUUUUGGUGUCGCCGCACAGCUGGUCAACAUCAAGUCGCAGCGCAAUACAUUCGUCGGAACCCCUUUCUGGAUGGCACCCGAGGUAAUCCAGCAGGCUGGAUAUGACUUCAAGGCAGACAUCUGGUCUUUAGGUAUCACGGCGAUUGAAAUGAUAAACGGAGAACCCCCGCAUGCCAGCACACAUCCGAUGAAAGUCCUCUUCCUGAUCCCGAAAAACCCCGCCCCUCGUCUCGAAGGAAAUGAGUACAGCAACACAUUCAAGGACUUCAUUGCGCAAUGUUUGACGAAAGACCCCGAUCUUCGACCGAGUGCAAAGGAGCUAUUGAGACACAAGUUUAUUCGCAAUGCGGGAAAGCCUGAGGCACUCCAAGAAUUGAUUCAUCGUAAGCAGGACUGGGAUGGUGGGCGUGGUGAGGCAAGAGACGUGAAGUACUAUGCCGAGUCUAUGCACACCAUGACUAGGCCCGGUGAUCUCGACGAGGAUGACUGGGUCUUUGAUACAAUUAAGCCUCCUACAAUGUGGAAGCCCAAGGGCACAGACUGGAUGACAUUCGAUGAGGAGGACGAAAACCAGCCCGAUCCAGCUCAAAUGUUAGAAGAACUACAUAUCAGCCCACCACCACCCGCACCGCCUAAGCACCAAGCAAAUUCCACCGUCCGCCGAGCUCCUACCGACCGGAUCCCUACUGACCGAUCUCCAUCUGUCAGACGGGCUAACACCAAGCGUCGCUCAAGUGGUGUCAAACAACCCCUUGGUCUGGACUUGAGCUACGGUAACAGCCCAUCUACCGUCAGACAGUUCCGCCGGGUAUCAGAUAAAGUCCCCAAUGAUCUGAACCCAGCCAAGCAGGGCUUUGAUGAAAACCAAAGCCCGAAAACAGUGCCCAUCGACUCUUCCAGCAAGGAGGCUCAGAUUGGACGACGUGCAUACAGUAAGGCAGUAGGACUUUCCUGCCAGGAAGUCCUGUCUACCACAGGAGAUGGAGAGAAACGCGAGGCAAUCUCCAGACUGGCUGAAGCCUGGAGCGACCUGGAAAUGGUCGACCCUGAAGGCCUCUACCACAUUGUCAGAAUCAUGAACGAGAAGCUUCAAGCAGACUCCCGCCUCUCUACUCUUCUCCCAACCACACAACCCGACUCCCCCUCGCGGCCACGCCUUGUGCUGGCCCAGAACAACCCACAUCUUAAGAGCCACCGUCGUCGCCAAUCAUACGUCCCCGAACCCCAACCCCAGUCGCCCCCAUCUGUCCCUGCCCCGGCGACAUCCGCCAUGGAACACACCAAACAACUCUCAGACGUCCUCUACCAGCGAUGGUCAGAGGGUCUCCGCAACCGCUGGGGCGGUGCCUAA